AUGGCGGCACACCCAGUAGUGGUAGCUGGGAUACGACAUAGAAUUGGAAAUGGUGAGACAACUCUUAUAUGGGGUCACCCAUGGCUCCCGGAUAAUCCUAGUCCCUUGAUACAAACAGUGAUGCCAGAGGAGUUAAGAGAGGCACGAGUAGCAGGUUUAAUAGACCCACAAACAAGCACAUGGGAUCCACAUAUUCUUUCUGAUUUAUUUAUCCCUGAGGAUGUGAACCGAAUAAUUAUGAUUCUUGUUAGCCCUUGUUAUGAUGACUCAUGGUAUUGGAUGGGUGACCCAAAAGGGAUUUAUACAGUAAAGAAUGCUUACAGGCGUAUUAUUGGUGAUUUUGAGAGUAGCCCAGGUGAUUUUGAUAAAUGGGUUAAGAUGUGGAAAUUGAAAGUACCACCAAAGUGGAAGACUUUUUUGUGGAGGGCAAUAUGUGAUAUUCUACCCACUACCACAAAUUUGAUUAAUAAAAGGGUGGAGAUCGACCUGGCAUGCCCAAUGUGCACUUUAAAUCAUGAAAAUGUGUUGCAUGCUUUAGUAUAUUGUGAAUGUUCUACAUUAGUUUGGAAUAUAACACAAUUACCUAUCACAAAUAUUGUUACAGAUUCGUUCGCAGCAUGGUUAACUGGGGCUAUAACGGUCUUAACGGAAGAGCAGACACAACUUAUGGUGGGGGUCCUCUACAAUAUAUGGAGAUGCCGCAAUGCGGCCAUGUGGAAAGGGGCCAUGCUACGUCCGCAAUCCGUGGCAAGGGGAGCGGCGACAUCGCUCCUGGCGUACGGCAGUGCGCACUGUCGCACCACACGGGCGGAACCAGCGCCACAUUCCGGACCGGAGUUGCACGACAACCACAUGCGAUGUUAUGUAGAUGCGGGGUAUCGACAGGGAACCGGGGAGGCCACAUAUGGUAUUGUGUUACUAUCGCCCGGGGGAUCUUUCAUAGCGGCAAAGAGUGGUAGAUCACCCUCUUGUUUUUCACCACUCAUGGCAGAGGCGUUGGCAUUUAAGGAGGCAAUGUCUUGGCUAAUUGGGAGGAUCAAUGAAAUGUCCUCACACAAAUUUUUGUCAUAUUUAUGCCAUCUACGAAAGGUGCGCCCUUUGUAUUAG